AUGAAUAAGUUGUAAUAAUAUACGGAUGUCUAUUCGUUUGAACCUGAUUUGGAUCAAGUUUUGAUCGAAAUAAUACCAGACAUGAUUGAGUCAGUGGCUGAUCUCAACGAAACCUAGAUUCAAGAUAGAUUGGCCACAAAGAGGGUGAGUUCAAAAACUAAGACUGUUACUUUCAAUGGAAUGUUGUUGAUUUUGUUGAUCUUCUUGGUUCUAACAAUAGUGAGAUGGUUAAUGAACAAAAUUGAUGUGAGAUUGUUGAAAUACAUGCUGAAAGACUCAGCAUUGAUGUUGCCAAUGGUUUUCAUCAUCUUGGUGUUCAACUACUUGUUGAGCAGCUCUGUAAAGCAGAAUUUGAACAUCUAUGGAGUCCUCUAUUAUGUGGAUCUGGAUAAGUUCUUGAUGCAAAUAGUGACCUUCAUCAUUGUAUGGUUCGGAGUAGGCAUAGUCUUCACCUUCUUGUGGCAACAUCAGAGUGCUAUCAAUGAUGAGUUCGAGCAAUUGGAUGCUGAAUAAACGCAUAGGCUCUACGAGAACAUGUACUUGUACAACGAUUCAAACACCUACAUAAUACAGGAGAAGGUGCAGUACCAUUCAAUCAGAUAGCAAUUCAUACAACCCACUGACAUUCCAGUGAUAAAUCCCAGGAUUUUGAGGAAGGAUUUCAACUUUGCUCAGUACUUGAACCUGAACCAACGUAAAAUCUAUACAUAAAUCUUAAGAAUCAACUCGUUCAGCAUCAUCCCAAUUAUCCUCUGCAUGUUUCUUACAUAUGUGUUCUCCUCUAUCAUCAUCACUGUUCUCUUGCUCCUGUAUUAUUGGGUGUAAAAAUCAAACCUCUAUUAAAUCUACACUAAGAUUGAUGCUCCAUAUUAAUACAAUCCUACGCCAUUGUAAUAUCGUGGGAUUCAAGCACCACCUUACAUCAAUUUACCAUUGCAAAAGAACAAGUCCAGAUUAAAGUAGGUUAUUGGAUCACCACAAUUCAAUUUAAGAUUACUUCACUCCUUCAUCUUCAUCUAAAUAUUUUGGUUUGCUUGGCUAUUCUAUGCUCAUCGAGUCAAUAAUUCAAUCCUCGAACACACUUGGUUAUCAAUUUUCGUAUCCAUCGCCUCAGUCAAUGUGACAAUCCUGACUCCCAUGAUCGUUAAGGUGUUGACUUACACUCAUUUAAUAGCAGACCCAUAUAAAGUUUGCGUUGAAUUGCAAUACAAUAGACAGUCAUUGUUGGAGAAGGUAUCACAUUAUCUUCGAUUUUGUAAUCGUAAGGAAGAUGAAUAGCACAGUCAUAAUGAUGUAAAUCAAUAAGAUGAAGUUAAGGAGCAAGAAUAGGAGUAGGAUCAAGAAUAAGAUUAAAAUCAAGAGAAAGAUCAGUACUCUCUGACUGUUGGGUAGUAAUAACUUAUUAAAUAUGCAUUCACAUGUCUUAUCAAUAAUGAAAAAGAAAAGUAUGUGAAGUAAGCUGUAGAACAAUAUAAAAAGUAAUUGAUCGAGAAUCCCAAUCUAUUGCAAGUGCCAAUCGAUUCAGAAGAGGAAGAGGAUUUAGAACUGGAGUUGGAUGAGCAAUCGGGAUCAUAGGAGGAGGAUCAGGAAGAUUAAUCGCAAAAUAGACAACAAUAACAGAAUGCGAAUCAACAACAAGGAUAACCCAAAGAUAUCAAUGAGGCCUUGAAAGAAUACGAACAGAAGAUCGUGGCCAAGUUAACAGAGAGCAGCAGCAUUAAUGUUAACCAAUUGAAUGAUCUGAAGAAGUAUGUGGAUUGCAAUUUACCUCUCUGGUACAUGGUCCUGAUGGUGGACAAGUAUUUCAAAUUGAACAACCCUCUCGUGGAUACCAUCAGGUAUAAUGAUCUCUGCAAUUACUCUGGGUUCAAUCAAUACGUUCUUGAGACGGGAGACAUGUACCCGCAGUAGAUUGAAGUUAUGACACUUACACAAUUGAAGGAGUACCUCAUGAGUUUCUUCACUGAGUAGGAGGCGGAGGAGGUGACGAUGGAGUACAGCUUUUAGGAAUAGAUGGUGAAUUUUGAAUAGUUUUACUAAUUCAUUGAGAAUAACAUUGUUUUGUUCCCAAAGUGA